UUUUCACUGUGCCGCGUUCGCAUUUUGUCACAGUUACAAUUUACCAAUUGUAAGCGACGGACGCGCUGCUCGCUCUAACGGACAGGAAAACGCCAAGAAAAGCUCCCUCUUUCUCUCUCUGUCUGUCUGCCUGUCUCUUCGCUCUCUGGGGGCCCAGACAGCCUAACGGUUCUUCAGGAGCUUGCCUUUGCCUGCUGCCUGCCUGCCUUCUAAUACCAAAGCAGAGUCGCGUCGGGCCGUCUCGUAUAAAAUCUGUUGCAUCAUUGCGGUGGCACUUCAGUCGUUCGAGCGCGUGCGGCCGGAGAAGUGCAGUGUUAACAACGAUUACAACAACAAGCUAACAACAAUACAAAAAUGCGUGGCUGCAGUGAACAUUUAAGCGGCAAAAAAUGACUAAAUUUACCAAUUUGUGAGAUAAAAAAAAAACACUUCCAAAGACAAACUUACCUCAGUGCAAUGGUUUAGGACUUAGAGCCAACCAACAGAAAAAAAAACAACCAUAAAUUCCCCAACAAAAUUUUCGCCUAAAAUCAAUCAAAAUUAUCGGGCAAAAAGGCAUCAACAUUCUACCCUCAUUCGGGCAACUAAAAAUGCUGAACAUGGAAUCGCCACAGAUGUACGCCGAUGCCGUGCAGACGCUGGCCCAGCUGGACCUCAAGAAGCCGCCCCCCCAGCAGGCCACCAUCGGCCAGAUCACACUGACGGCGAUGUCCACUGCCCAGCAACAGCAACAGCAGCAGCAGCAACAAAAUCCUCAACAGCAGCAGCAGCAACAAAAUCCUCAGCACCAGCAGCAGACAACGGAUGCCAACAACAAUACGUCCCAGGAUGCGGCACUCCUUGUGAAGCAGCAUGCCAUGCACCAAAUGCAACAGGCGGCCCUCAACGGCAACAACAACAACAGCAACAGCGUGAACAACAAUGUGAACAACUUGCUGCAGAAGCAAAUGCUGCAACAGUACACCACGCAGACGGAUCUCGACGAGCUGACGACCCAAGAGAUUACCCUGGACCUGCAGCACCUGAUAGAUGACCAGUUCCGGGACACGGAGACGCUGGGAAUCUUCAGCGACAUGGUAACCAGUCCGGGCGGACUCUCCGCCACCCUGCCGCCCAAUGGAAUGGUCAGCGCCGCAGCCAAGGUGUUGCAGCAACAGACGCUGAGGAAUCAGCACGGUUACGGGCGGGGCGGGGCACUGGCGUACAUGCCACAACCCGUGCACGCCACCUACAACAAUUCCAGCGACGAAAACAGCUCCGUGGGCUCCGACUCCAGCACGAUCAAGGAGGAGCCCAUCGACCCCGAGUAUCGUCGCCACCUGCAGGAAGCGGCCAGCCAGCAGGCAAGCAACGCGGCCGCCGCCUUCAUGUCCAAUGGCAAUGGGCUGUACAACGGGUACGGGUCCGCAGCGAACGGAAUAUCCGGCAACAGCACCAGCGGCACCCUCAACGGUAGCACCACCCCGAACCACAGCAGCAGCAAUGGCAGCAACGGCAGCAGCGGUCCCGUAAAUGGCAGCCAGUUCACGAAUCUGACCACGGCCAAUGUGCUGGCACACCACAACCUACCACACCUGGCGGCCGCCGCUGGGGCCCAGCACCUGUUGAAGCAGCACAGUAAGCUCCAGCACGCGGGGCAGCACCAGCAGCACAACCACCACCGGAAGCACGGAAACAAGCACGUGGACAAGGGCACCGAGGAGUACCGGCGUCGGCGAGAACGCAACAACAUCGCGGUGCGCAAGAGUCGCGAGAAGGCCAAAGUCCGGUCGCGGGAGGUAGAGGAGCGCGUGAAGAGCCUGCUCAAGGAGAAGGACGCUCUCAUCCGGCAGCUGGGGGAGAUGACCAACGAGUUGCAGCUGCACAAACAGAUCUACAUGCAGCUGAUGAACCAUGCCAAUCCCGAAGUGAGUCGCGUCUGUCGGAGCUUCCUCAACACCAACGAGCACUCACUGUAGCCGUGAGUGUGUGUUGUGAAUGAGUCUGAGUGUGAAUGAAUGAAUGAGACAUGAGUGAGUGAGUGUGUCUGUGUCGCCAAAUCAAAGAUUUAAAAUGCUGUGUGGGUAGCAUGUAAGAACCAUUUUCCUUUUUGCUACUGUUCAUCAACUUCUGCAUUCUGCAUUCUGCAUUCUGCUUUACCUCUUCUUCCUUUUCGGACCCACCCUGUGGGGCAUUUCUUUGUACAUUUUCUUCUCUUCGUUCCCUCCUCCUUGUUAUCACUGCUUAUCGAGUUACAAUUAAAUAUUUUUGUACUUAAUUUUAACGACUGUAACAUAUAUUUCGCACAUCUAUAAAUAUAUAUAUCUAUGCAUAUUAUCAUAAAGUUAAGCCAAAGAAAAAUGUUGAAAAUAUUUAUGUAAAAACGCGCAGGAAAGAAAACGGAAAAUACAAAAAAUUAAAACUAUUUAUACAAAAGAAACAAAACAAAAAAAAAACAAACAAAAAACACAAAUCAUAUUUUUACUAUUGUAAUUUUGUACAUUUCUUGAAUGGUGUGCGGCUUGCGCCUACAUGCUUUAUGCCACGCCCAGGCCCUGCUUUAAACACUGAUCCAACAUUAGCAAAUCUCUAGAUCGUAAGCCUUUUCCCAAAAAGAUACCUCCCCCCCACUCACUACCCCUACCCCAGCCCCUACGCAUAUCCCUACCCGGUACUAACAGUAAUCUAGCGAAUGCGAUGAGAA